CUAUAAUAAUAAAAAACACGUUUUAAUAUAAAAAUAACUUUUUUUAUAACUUUGAAUUCGCUGGAAGCUCAUAAAACAUGUUUAAUUGCAGAAUAAAUUUUUAGAUAGUAUAAACAUUGUUAAUAUGCUAGCUACUGCUUUUCAUAUAUAAUUGCAUGUAAAACAUUUAAUUAGACCGAAAAUGCGCUUCAAUGAAAUUAAACGCGUCUGUGUUUCUGCUCGAGACGCACGAAAAAAACAUCAAUGAAAACAUCAGAGAAUUAUAUAUCACAUUUUAUUGGAAAUUUCAUCCUCAAAAGGCUACUUCGCGGAUUUGCCCUGAAUAUAUCUGACAUCUGAGCCCUGAAGUCCUCUCUGCUCCCUGUCCUCAACACUUCGGAUUUGCACUGUUUCUGUUUUUGCAUGAACAAAAGCCAAAGAGCGAACAGCAGAAACUCUCUCCUGUCAAUCACGGUCACGAGUGUCGUCACGUCUGUCGGAUUAUAACCGGGUCCGUUACCUGCCGUGAUUCUCCAUCAUCAUCAUCCUCAUGUCGGAUCAGCCCUCAUCUCCUCCAGCCGGACAGAAGCCCUCGCUCCGGGCCCCGGGGUCCUCUCAGAGCCGCUUCCAGGUGGACCCGGUGGACCCGCUGGACCCGGUCGCGGAGGGGUCGGAGUCCAAGGGCCGGUUCCGGGUGGUGAACUUCCUCAGCCCGACUGACUCCGCUCCUGAAGCCGGUGUGAACGGGGACACGGUGAGGAGCGAGGCAUCCGCCGGUGGACUCAGUCAUUUCUCAGACACACACUCCAGCACUUAUUACCUGCGGACCUUCGGGCACAACACCAUCGACGCGGUGCCGAACAUCGACUUCUACCGGCAGACCGAAGCUCCUCUCGGGGAGAAACUUCUGCGCCCGUCGCUGUCGGAACUACACGAUGAGCUCGACAAGGAGCCGUUCGAGGAGGGGUUUCCCAGCGGAGAAGAGCUGGCGGCCGCCGAGAUCCUCACACUCAAAGCAGCGUCCGACUCUAAAGGAGGAACAGUGAAGUUCGGCUGGAUCAAAGGAGUCCUGAUACGAUGCAUGCUGAACAUCUGGGGAGUGAUGCUGUUCAUCCGGAUGUCGUGGAUCGUGGGUCAGGCUGGCAUCGCGCUGUCCUGCGCCAUCGUCCUCAUGGCCAUCGUGGUGACGACCAUCACCGGCCUGUCCACGUCAGCGAUCGCCACCAACGGCUUCGUGCGCGGAGGCGGCGCGUAUUACCUGAUCUCCAGGAGUCUGGGGCCCGAGUUCGGAGGAUCCAUCGGCCUGAUCUUCGCCUUCGCCAAUGCCGUCGCGGUGGCCAUGUACGUCGUGGGGUUCGCGGAGACUGUCGUGGAACUUCUGGAUAGCAUCGACGCUCUGAUGACCGACGAGAUCAAUGACAUCCGGAUCGUGGGAACGCUCACUGUGAUUCUGCUGCUGGGAAUCUCCAUCGCUGGAAUGGAGUGGGAAGCGAAGGCCCAGAUUGUGUUAUUGGUGAUUCUUGUGGCGGCGAUAUUCAACUACUUCAUCGGAUCCUUCAUCCCGAUGGAGUCAAAGGAACCCAAAGGCUUCUUCAGUUAUAACGCCGCCAUAAUGAUGGAGAACAUGGGUCCAGACUUCAGGGAUGAAGAAACCUUCUUCUCGGUGUUCGCCAUCUUCUUCCCGGCCGCCACCGGGAUCCUCGCGGGAGCCAACAUAUCCGGAGACCUGGCGGAUCCGCAGUCGGCGAUUCCCAAAGGAACUCUGCUGGCGAUCCUCAUCACUGGACUGGUUUACAUCGCUGUCGCCGUCUCUAACGGCUCUUGUAUCGUGCGCGACGCCACCGGCGAUGAUAACGACACGAUCGUGGGCUCGCUGGAGAACUGCACCGACGCCUCGUGCUCGCUCGGGUUCGACUUCUCCAUCUGCAGAGAGGGAGGCUGCAAGUACGGGCUUCAGAACGACUUCCAGGUGAUGAGUUUGGUGUCUGGGUUCGGGCCGCUCAUCACCGCUGGGAUCUUCUCCGCUACGCUCUCGUCGGCGCUGGCGUCUCUGGUCAGCGCUCCUAAAGUCUUCCAGGCCUUGUGUAAGGAUAAAAUCUACCCUGGAUUACAUGUGUUCGCCAAAGGAUAUGGAAAGAACAAAGAGCCUCUGCGCGCGUACGUCCUCACCUUCGUCAUCGGCCUGGCCUUCAUCCUGAUCGCGGAGUUAAACAUCAUCGCUCCCAUCAUUUCCAACUUCUUCUUGGCCUCGUACGCAUUGAUAAACUUCUCUGUUUUCCACGCGUCGCUGGCGAACUCUCCAGGGUGGCGUCCGAGUUUCAAAUACUACAACAAGUGGGUGUCGCUGGCCGGAGCCGUGCUGUGCUGCGCCGUGAUGUUCGUGAUCAACUGGUGGGCGGCGCUGGUCACCAACGGCAUCGUCCUGGCGCUCUACAUAUACGUCAGCUAUAAGAAACCAGACGUGAACUGGGGGUCGUCCACACAAGCGCUGAUGUACAAUAAAGCCCUGACACACUCUCUGCAUCUCACCGGGGUCGAGGACCACAUCAAGAACUUUCGGCCUCAGUGUCUCGUCAUGUCCGGAUACCCGAACUCUCGGCCGGCGCUGAUGUAUCUCGUCCACGCUUUCACCAACAACUCCGGCCUGAUGGUGUGCGGACACGUGCGCUCUGGAUACCGGCGGCCGAACUAUAAGGAGAUGAUGAACGAGCAGGUCCGCUACCAGCGCUGGCUCCUGAAGGCCCGAAUCAAAGCGUUCUACACCCCAGUGUUUGCUGACGAUCUCAGACAAGGAGCCCAGUAUCUCCUACAGACGGCUGGUUUGGGUCGGCUGAAACCAAACACACUCGUGUUCGGCUUUAAGAACAACUGGAGGGACGGCGAGAUGAAGGACGUGGAGACCUACAUCAACACCAUCCAUGAUGCGUUUGACCUGCAGUUCGGGGUGGUUCUCCUGAGACUGAAGGAAGGUCUCGACAUCUCUCACAUUCAAGAUGAGUUUCUGUCGUCGCAGGAGAAGACGUCUGGAGUGAAGGAUCUCCUGGUGUCCAUCAACAUCAAAGACUUCGACAGCGAUUCCUCCAAACCAUCAUCUAUAGCCACCAGCUGUCAAAGCAGCCCGCUCAUCUUCAGAGACUCGAAGAAGCUCCGCCUGCCGCUCAGUUCUGCGGACGAGAGGCUCCUCAACGCCAGCCAGCAGUUCCAGAGGAAGCAGAGCAAGGGGACCAUCGACGUGUGGUGGCUGUUCGACGACGGAGGCUUGACUCUUCUGAUACCGUAUUUGCUGACCAACAAAAAGAAAUGGCGCGACUGCAAGAUCCGCGUGUUCAUCGGAGGAAAGAUCAACCGGAUCGACCACGACCGCCGAGCGAUGGCGGCGUUGCUCAGUAAGUUCAGGAUUGAUUUCUCGGACAUCACUGUUAUUGGAGACAUCAACAUCAAGCCGAAGAAACACAAUAAGCAGAUGUUUCAGGAGAUGAUCGAGCCGUACAGACUGAGGGAGGACGACAUGGAGCAAGAAGCGGCGGAGAGACUGAAGACGGACGAGCCCUGGAGGAUCACAGACAAUGAGCUGGAGCUCUACAGGGCCAAGUCGAAUCGUCAAAUCCGUCUGAACGAGCUCCUGAAGGAACACUCCAGCACAGCCAACCUCAUCGUCAUAACGAUGCCGCUGGCCCGGAAGGGGACGGUGUCCAGCGCGCUCUACAUGUCCUGGCUGGACACGCUCUCCAAAGACCUGCCGCCGAUCCUCCUCGUCCGAGGAAACCACCAGAGCGUCCUGACCUUCUACUCCUGAGGAACGGCUCACAAUCAGCACAUCACUAAUUUAUGUCUUAGAUUUAAUAUAUGGAGCUGAACUAAUCUUCUUACAGAAAUUUUCAUAUUUUUAAUGUAAUGACACUACCUUAAAAAACAUGCUUGAAAUGCAUUUUGAUGUCCAUUUUUACACUAACCCAGAGUUAAAAGCCCUCAGUUUUGCUUUUGCUAGUCAAACUCGCUCCGUGUUUCAGUUCAUCUUCUCCAUUCAGGCUGGCGUUCUCUAAACUAUAAACUCUGGCAUCAUCGAAGAGCUAAUCGACUCUUAAUAAUACUCAUAAUCAUGGAGAGAGUCAAACACUGUCCUAAACAGGAGGAUCACUGACAAAUAUAUGAAAUAAACAGCCUUGAUUUUAACUG